AUGGGCCUCUUCUCGAAAUCAUCGAAACUGAGCUCUCCAGUCCCAACGCCAGGCUCCAGCUCGUCUGCCCGAAAUGCGUCUAUGAGGUCUUCGACAUCGUCUUCUUCAGAGGAGUUUAGGGACCCACGUGCUGGUCCUCAACCCUUGUUGUCGCCUGCUUAUGAGGACGUGCCCAUGUGGAACAUUCUCCCAUCGUAUCAACUCUACGAGUCGACGUUUUCCAAAUCCAUUGAGCCGUCGCAGGAAGAUUUACGCCAUGAGCCCCCCAUGUACGAAGUUGCAUCGGGACCGUCUCUGGGCGAGGAAGGUGCCUCUGACGGUGAUUACUUUUCGCAGGCCCCUGAUAGAGGCACUUUCACUAGAUGGGAAAACAGUGUGUUGGGUAACACCCACAAUCUCAAAAAGCUACUGAGUAUCUCGCCUCUGUGGGCGGAAACGUUAAAAAUUGACAUCAAACUCACGUCCAAGCCGUGCCAAAUAGGCAUUGCUCCUGACAUCAUCGACGCGAGCAAGCUCGAAUUCUCGCAGGGUGACUCGAUCCAUGGUUUUGUUACAAUCCACAACAUCUCCAAAGUAGAGUUCUCCUAUGAUAUGUUCUCUGUGCUUUUUGAGGGCCGCGUUUCCGUCAACGGGGAAGAUCCUAAUAAACCUGCCAUCUUCUACAAAUUUCUCAACAUGCUUGACUACAAGGCCUCGUGGACGCCUGCAUUCUUCAUGGGCUCUUCUACGGAUGGUGUGGAAAUUGAUCCUUAUGACGGCUGCAAUAUGAUGCUUCUGAACGACAAGAAGUUCUUGCCUGGCGUCGUUUACAAAAAAUUCUUUGACUUCACCAUCCCUGAGAAACUUCUCGAAGUAGCCUGCGAGCCUCAUGACCUCCCUUGCCACUGCGAGCUCCUUCCUUCCAUUGGAUUGGAUAAGGAGCAAUUUUUGCAAAGCUUGCGUAAGCUUCGUGAGAAGUCAGGCACGUCUUCUAAACAGCACAAGCCCUCGUUUUCUAUUGGUGGCUCUCCUGAGCUGCCUAUACAACCCAAAAAGCAAGGGCCAACCUCGCUUGGAAGAAAACCAACUCCAAAGAACUUGCGUGUCAAAGAUUUCUCUUUUCCGGACACUUCCGUGAGUUACUGCGUGGAAGCUAGAAUCUUCGGCAGGCUCUCAUUGUAUGACAAGGAAGCUACGAAGGACAAAGAUGAGUUCAUCAUUUUGAAGGACUCGAAUUACCCAGUGAGAAUCAUUCCAAGAAACUCAGGAAUCAGGACUGCGGAACACGAACGAGGAGCUCAGCAGUACUAUGACCAGUUUUACAAGGAAGUGAAGUCUAGUAUCGAGAUUGGAAGAUCUUUAGAUAACAAGUCAGAUGGACCAAACAGAAGGCCAUCUGUUCUCAAGAAUAAGCAGCUUUACAAUAGAGAGAGUUUUGAGGAUGUUACUGCAAGAGCACAAGAUCAACUGGUGUAUGAGGUAUUUUUGCCCUUUAAAAAGAAGUCUCUCACGCAGCCAGCCAAAGUUAUAGGCAUGCUUUGCGCCAAGACGCCAAAAGAUGAGUACGUCGUCAGAUAUCAGCCACCUUAUACUUACCAGCCAUACUCGCCGCGUAGCUUGAAGUUGGGGAGAAGUUUCACGGUUCCUCUUGAUUUAUCAUUUCAAUUCGUCGAGAGUAGCGGAGCUAAUGCAAGGACACACAACCCACCGGAUAUCAGAAGUAUCAAUGUUGAAAUUGUCUUGUGUACUUAUCGAUCACGCAAAUAUCCUAUUCCGGUGGAGUUUACCAAGAACAUGCAAUUUCAAAAUAAACCGGCGAGUGACUCUCUUGAAAAGUACGUCGUGCAACCUUUCUCAGUAUUCUUAUCAGAAUUGGCAGAUUUGACCACGCGGCACAGCAUCGAUGCGCUCAAUCUCGAUAACCAGGCAAUCAUGGACAUAAAGUGUCUUGCCAAACUUCUGGUGAAGUAUAACACUAUCAAAGUGGACAAUGUAAAGAGCGAUGUUCAAAGCUCAUGGAAGAAGGCUGAUGACAAGGGGAUGAAGUUCACAAAAAAGAUUGGGGUAUCCGUCAACUUAGACGGCCUCUUCAAUAAAGAAGUCAACAAACUGUCGGAUGACAUUCUGUCUGAAGCAGUGUGCCUAGUCCCCACUUUUCAAGGGUGCAUCAUGGGCAGAUAUUACUAUGUCAACCUUCAGGUGAAGCUCUCAAACAACGACAGUCUCACGGUGAAGGUACCGUUGAGAAUCCAGGCGUAG